AUGGCGGCAGCUGUGGCGGCGGCGUCCGGUCCCCGCGCUGCGGCGAGCCCGAGCCGGGACUCGGCGGCUAUCCCCGCCUCAACUCGAGCCGGACGGCCGCCUCCCCGCUCCGGUGGCCCCGAACGUUGUCACCAUUCUGCUCUUCCCUGGCCCUGGGCCCUCCGGGACCCGGCGCCCCUGCCCUUGCGCGGGUUCACUAAGAAUCUUUCCCCGGACAAAAUCAAUUUGAGCACCCUGAAAGGGGAGGGUCAGCUGACCAACCUGGAGCUGGAUGAAGAGGUUCUACAGAAUGUGCUGGAGCUUCCCACCUGGUUAGCCAUCACUCGGGUCUACUGCAACAGGGCCUCAAUCCGGAUCCAGUGGACAAAGUUGAAGACACACCCAAUUUGCUUGUGUCUGGAUAAGGUAGAGGUGGAGAUGAAGACAUGUGAAGAGCCUCGGCCCCCCAAUGGACAGUCUCCUAUUGCCCUCGCUUCAGGGCAGAGUGAGUAUGGCUUUGCCGAGAAGGUGGUGGAGGGGAUGUUCAUCGUCGUCAAUUCCAUCACCAUCAAGAUUCACUCCAAGGCCUUCCACGCUUCUUUUGAAUUGUGGCAGCUCCAGGGCUAUAGUGUGAACCCCAACUGGCAGCAGAGUGACCUCCGCCUCACCCGUAUCACUGACCCCCGCCGAGGAGAGGUUUUAACAUUUAAGGAAAUAACUUGGCAAACACUUCGAAUUGAGGCAGAUGCUACAGACAAUGGUGAUCAGGACCCAGUCACCACUCCACUGAGGCUUAUUACCAACCAAGGCAGGAUCCAAAUAGCCCUCAAGAGAAGAACCAAAGAUUGCAAUGUGAUAGCCUCCAAGCUGAUGUUCCUGUUGGAUGACCUGCUCUGGGUGCUAACUGACUCACAACUCAAGGCUAUGAUGAAAUAUGCAGAAUCACUGAGUGAGGCCAUGGAGAAGUCAGCCCAGCAGAGAAAGAGCCUGGCCCCUGAACCUGUACAGAUCACCCCACCUGCUCCCAGUGCCCAGCAGUCCUGGGCCCAGGCGUUCAGUGGCAGCCAGGGCAGCAGCAACAGCAGCAGCAGCCGCCUCAGCCAGUACUUUGAGAAAUUUGAUGUGAAAGAGUCCUCCUACCAUCUGCUCAUCUCCCGCCUGGACCUGCACAUUUGUGAUGAUAGCCAGUCCCGAGAGCCAGGUGUCUCCACAAACAGACUCAUGGGUGGUGCAAUGCAGCUUACCUUUCGCAAGAUGGCAUUUGACUAUUACCCCUUCCACUGGGCAGGCGAUAGCUGCAAACAUUGGGUACGUCACUGUGAGGCCAUGGAGACCCGAGGCCAGUGGGCCCAGAAGCUGGUGAUGGAAUUUCAGAGUAAAAUGGAGAAGUGGCACGAGGAGACAGGUCUGAAACCACCCUGGCACCUGGGGGUAGACUCUCCCUUCCGGAGGAAAGCAGAUUCUCUCUCCAGUCCUCGAAAGAACCCCCUUGAGAGAAGCCCCUCUCAGGGCCGACAGGCUGUCUUUCGGCCUCCAGCAUGGAAUCGCCUACGCUCUAGCUGCUUGGUAAUACGAGUGGAUGACUUGGACGUCCACCAGGUUUCUACAGCUGGGCAGCCAAGUAAGAAGCCAUCGACACUCCUUUCCUGCAGUCGGAAGCUUCACAACCUCCCCACUCAGGUCUCUGCCAUUCAUAUUGAGUUCACAGAGUAUUACUUCCCCGAUAAUCAGGAGCUGCCAGUUCCCUGUCCCAAUCUUUACAUUCAGUUAAAUGGUCUGACAUUUACUAUGGAUCCUGUCAGCUUGCUCUGGGGAAACCUCUUCUGCCUGGAUUUAUACCGCAGCUUGGAGCAGUUCAAAGCUAUCUACAAGCUGGAAGAUUCAAGCCAGAAAGAUGAACACUUGGACAUCCGACUGGAUGCCUUCUGGUUGAAGGUGAGCUUCCCACUGGAGAAGAGAGAGCGGGCUGGGCUGCACCGUCCCCAGGCCCUUGUCUUCUCUGCAUCAGGUGUGACUGCCACCAAUACACGUCACGCCCCACAUUGUAGCUGUCCAGACCUCCAGAGUCUCUUCCGGGGUUUUGCUGCUGCUGAGUUCUUUCAUUCCAAUUAUGUUCAGUUUCCCAAGGUGCCAGGCGGCUUUAGCCUUCUGCACAUGCUGUUUUUGCAUCACGCCUUCCAGGUGGAUUCCCGACUCCCUCAGUCUAGUGCCCUCCCUCCCCAGAGGCUUAAGGCUUCCCAGGAUCUCUGGUCCAUCCACUUCACCCAGAUCUCCUUGGACUUUGAGGGAACAGAGAACUUCAAAGGCCAUUCCUUGAAUUUUGUGGCCCCCUUCCCCUUGUCGAUUUGGGCCUGCCUACCCCUCCGCUGGCAGCAAGCCCAGGCACGAAAGCUCCUUAUGGCCACAGAAGGGAGGCUGAAAGCAUCCGCCAGCUUUGGCAGUCCUGUCCAUUCUGAGGCCCUUGCCCCUGACACUGUGUCCCAUCAGAGGUCAAAGACUGAGCAUGAUUUGAAAAGCCUAUCAGGCCUUACAGAAGUCAUGGAAAUUCUGAAAGAAGGCAGCAGUAGUGUGGAUAACAAAGGGCCUCUGACAGAGCUGGAGGACGCGGCAGAUGUGCAUGUGCUCGUGCACUCGCCUGAGCAUGUCCGAGUGAGGCUUGACCACUACCAGUACUUGGCUCUCCUCCGCCUGAAGGAGGUGCUCCAGGGUCUUCGGGAGCAGCUUACUAAGGAUACCGAGGCCAUGACUGGGUCUCCUCUGCAGGACCAGACAGCUUGCAUUGGCGUCCUCUUCCCCAGUGCUGAGGUGGCUCUGCUCAUGCAUCCUGUCCCUGGGGCUGUUGAAGCUGACUCUGAGGGUUCAGAUACUACGAGCCUUGUAGAUUCAGAGCUGUCUCCUUCAGAGGAUAGGGAGCUGAAGUCUGAUGCCUCCUCAGAACAGGGCCCAGCAAGCCCCAGGAAGGUUCUGGAGGACAGUGACGUUGAAAAUCUGAAUGCAUCCCAGGAUAGGCCACUGCCUCUCCAUAGCAAUGGAGAAGUCCAGGACUCAGAUUCUCUUGCACAGCAGGAGGCAGGGAAGGGCCAUGAGGCAGUUGAUUCCUUACAGGACAAGAGACUGAGCAGCGCCCAGGCACCUAGCUCACCAGCUGAGUUGAAGCCCCCAGGGGGUAAGGAUACUGCUGUGAAUGGACAGGGCGAGCUCAUCCCCUUGAAGAACAUUGAGGGAGAAUUAUCAAGUGCUAUUCACAUGACCAAGGAUGCCACAAAGGAGGCUCUACAUGCCACCAUGGACCUCACCAAGGAAGCUAUGUCCCUGACUAAGGAUGCCUUCAGUCUGGGCAGAGACCGAAUGACCUCCACCAUGCACAAGAUGCUGUCUCUGCCCCCAGCCAAGGAGCCCAUGGCCAAGAUAGAUGAGGGGGUGGCAGCCCCAGUAGGUGGAGGUGCUGCCCGACUCCGAUUUUUCUCCAUGAAGAGGACAGUAUCUCAGCAGUCAUUUGAUGGUGUCUCAUUGGAUAACAGUGGCCCUGAAGACCGGAUUUCAGUGGACAGUGAUGGCAGUGAGAGCUUUGUGAUGCUCUUGGAGUCUGAGUCUGGUCCAGAAUCUCUUCCACCAGGAUCUCUUCCUAAUGUCUUAGACAGUGCUGGUGUUCAAGGGAGCCCUGUUGUGGAUAGUUAUGGCCAGGGGUCACCAGAGGCCAAGAGUUCAGCCUCACCCAGUGGGGAAGACCUCCAUCUUCACCUGGUCUCAGUUCUGGUCUUGAAGGUGAAUGAGGUGUCUUUGGGGAUUGAGGUACGUGGUGAGGACCUGACUGUGGCCCUGCAAGCAGAGGAGCUGACCCUCCAGCAGCUAGGCACCGUGGGACUCUGGCAGUUCCUGCAUGGACAGUGCCCAGGCACAAGCUUUCAGGAAGCCUCAACUUUGAAGACUGGCCACAUCAGGCCAGCUGUAGGCCUUCGCUUUGAGGUGGGGCCUGGUGCAGCUGUUCAUUCCCCUCUGGCCACACAGAAUGGCUUCCUACGUUUCUUGCUUCAGGGCUGUGACCUUGAGCUGCUCACUUCGGUGCUCAGUGGCCUGGGGCCCUUCUUGGAGGAUGAGGAGAUCCCACUGGUAGUUCCCAUGCAGAUUGAGCUCCUGAACUCCAGGAUCACUCUAAAGGACGAUAUCCCCCCCAUCUAUCCGACCUCUCCAGGCCCCAUCCCCAUCACUCUAGCCGUGGAGCACGUUGUGCUGAAGCGGAGUGACGAUGGUGUGUUCCACAUAGGCGCUGCUGCUCAGGACAGACCAUCAGCCGAAGUACUUAAAAGUGAGAAGAGGCAGCCCCCAAAAGAACAGGUGUUUCCUGUGCCCACAGGGGAGGCUUUUGGUCCACAGGUACAAGAACUGCCUACCUUACAAAAGGAACUUAUAGAAACUAAACAAGCAUUGGCUCAUGCCAACCAGGAUAAAGAGAAACUUCUUCAGGAGAUUAGGAAAUAUAACCCCCUCUUUGAGCUCUGA